AUGCGCUUACACCACACAGGAAACAGCAAAGACAACAGCCAUUUAGAAGAUCUACUUAAAAAAUACCAACCAGAUCUGAAACAAUUCGAACAAAUUUACCGCCACAUUCACGCCAACCCCGAACUCUCCGGCCAAGAAAAACAAACCGCAAAAUUAGCAUCCAAGCACCUCCAAGCCCUCGGCUUCGAAGUCCACUGCAAUAUAGGCGGCCAUGGCGUCGCCGCAAUUCUCCAAAAUGGACCUGGACCUAAGAUUCUUCUCCGGGCGGAUAUGGACGCCCUCCCAUUAGAGGAAAAGACCGGCCUGCCGUACGCGAGUACUCGCACGGUCAAAGACAUUCAGGGGAACAUCAAACCCGUUAUGCAUGCCUGCGGACACGAUACUCACGUUACGAGCUUGAUGGCUGCAUCGACACUGUUGCAUGCCGCGCGCGAGCACUGGAGCGGAACGCUUAUUUGCAUUUUCCAGCCCGCCGAAGAACAAGGGGAUGGUGCACGCACAAUGCUGGAUGAUGGAUUGUAUGAGAAAAUCCCCAAGCCGGAUCUUGUGCUCGCGCAGCAUGUAACGCGGAUGCGAGCGGGGAGUGUCAAUCUUCGUGCCGGGAGGCUGCUUACAGCGGCGGAUUCGAUUGAAGUACGGGUAUUUGGACGGGGAGGGCAUGGGUCUGCGCCGCAGACGACUGUUGAUCCUGUCGUGAUUGGUGCGUCAAUUGUGGUGAAGUUGCAGACUAUUGUGUCGAGGGAGGUGACGCCGGGUGAAUUGGCGGUUGUGAGUUGUGGGAGUAUUCAUGCUGGGAACUCGGCGAAUGUUAUUCCGGAUCAUUUGGAUUUGCAGAUUAGUGUGAGGACGUUUAAUGGUGAGGUGAGGAAGAGGGUGCUUGAUGCUAUUCGGAGGAUUGUUGAGGCGGAGUGUGUUGCUGGGGGUGCGGUUGAGAAGCCGCUUGUGAAGGUUGUGUCGUCGUGUCCGUCGACUAUCAAUGAUGGGGAGAGUGUUAGAGCUCUUCGGGAGACGUUUGGGUCCUAUUUCCAGGACCGGGUGGUUGAUAUGGAGCGGCCGAGUGCGAGUGAGGACUUUUCGCUAUUGGCGACGGAAGUUGGGGCUCCUUAUGUGAUGUGGAUGUUUGGUGGGAUUGAUGAGAAGACGUGGGAUGAUGCUGUUGAGAAAGGAACAAUUAAUGAGUUACCCUCAAAUCACUCGCCUUUCUUUGCACCGGUGAUUAAACCGACUUUGCAGACGGGCAUGGAUGCUAUGGCAUUGGGGGCCUUGACUUUUUUGCAGAGGAAAUAG